AGGGGAACAGCGGCAGUAGGGAGGUGUUUGCUGCCAGUCUGAUUCACCAAAUCUCGCUGGGGAGGCAAAGGGUGUGGAGGAGGAGGAGAGGGGCAGAUCUCGCAUCCCCCCUUCCGUGCCCCCUCCCCGUUUCUCCUUGACUGCCUUCUCCUGCUCUCGGCUCUCCUACAAGGUCACUAUCACAUGACAAAGGCUUGGAGACAGCUUCAUUUUCCUCUGCCUGUAAUUUCCAUUUGCCUUCCUGGGAGAAUUUUGAACCAUGGGGAAGUUCUCUGUUCAAAAACAGGCUAUAACCUAGGACAUGAAACUUCAGAAUAAUUUUAGGAGACGAAAUUAAGGAUGGGUAGACAGGCUCUGCGAAUCUGAUGAGUUGAUGGGUAGUGAACUGUAAUGUUUGGAAGAAGGACACUGAAGGUGAGAGGAUACUGCAGUAGAAGAGAGGAUAAUGGUUGUGAUCCCAAAUUCAUAUACCUAUUCCUUCAGACAGCAACAGAUCAAGGCCUGCUGAUCAUGCUUCAUCAGUAAUGAUAUGAUCUACUCAGGGGCAGAUUAUGUCACAGUAAUGAAAGGCAGCAAUAGGAAUAAAGACCAUUCAACAGACGGAGAGGGGACUGGGAAACGACCAAAGAGAAAGUGUCUUCAGUGGCAUCCACUACUUGCAAAAAAAGUCCUUGAUUUUUCUGAAGAGGAGGACGAAGAGGAGGACGAAGAAGAUAUUGAUAAGGUCCAUCUUCUUGGUGCUGAUGGUCUUGAGCAUGAUGCUGAUGAGACAGAAGAUGAGGAAUCUUCAGAGCAGCGUGCUCGCAGGCCGAUGAAUGCAUUUCUUCUCUUCUGCAAACGUCACCGCUCUCUUGUGCGGCAAGAACAUCCCCGCCUGGACAAUCGCGGUGCUACGAAGAUACUGGCAGAUUGGUGGUCUGUUCUAGACCCUAAAGAAAAGCAGAAAUACACAGACAUGGCCAAGGAGUACAAGGAUGCAUUUAUGAAAGCAAACCCUGGCUACAAGUGGUGUCCACCUACAAACAAACCUGUGAAAACCCAGUCAUCCACUGUUACUAACCGAAAAAAGCUGUGGGCCUACCCAUCAGAAUCUGCCAAGGAUUUGCCAAGUCCGAAAAAGCUGGUGAAGACUGAAGAUAUGCCUCAGCUGAACUUUGCAAUGGCAGAUCCUACACAAAUGGGAGGCCUCAGUAUGCUACUGUUAGCAGGAGAACAUGCCUUGACUGCACAGGAGGUUUCUUCAAGUACAUGUCAUUCUGAUUCAUCUAACUCUACCGAAUGUCUAAAGUCACCAUUGUUUCAGUUCGCUGAGAUCUCCUCAAGUCCAUCACAACCAGAUGCUCCUGCAGAUGCAAAAGAAAGUGAAGAAUCAGCACUAUUUCAGUUUUCAGAGCUGGGGAGUCCUGAACCUAUAAAGCACUGUCGGAAGUCAGCACUCUUCCAGUUGGCCGAGAUUUCGUCAAGUACAUCCCAUUCAGGUCCUUCUGAAUUAACAAAGCAAUGUGGGACAUCGGCAUUGUUUCAGUUGGCAGAGAUGUGCCUUGCAUCAGAGGAAGAGAAAGUGAGGGAACCUGGGAAAGCAAAACUAGAAGCAUCCAGGAUUAUCAAAGCCUUGGAAGCACCUGAGGAGAUGAAAGUUGAAGAACCAGAGAAGGCAAAAGUAAAAACUGAAAAACCUCAGAAGGUAAAGGGCCAAGAACAUGAAAAGACAAAAACUGGCGUUUUGGAGGAGGUGACAGGAUGUAGUCAUGUUGCAGAUCCUGUUUUGGACAGUACAGUGUUGGUUGGACCUGAUAGCACCAAUGCAAAUGAUCCUGCAUGCCAUUCCUCAGAACUGACAGUGGCCAACAUCAGCACCUUAGGAUUAAACAAGCCAGAAAAGCUAAAGAAGAAGAAGAAGAGAAAUAAGCUGGACCGGCAAGCACUUGAAAAAUGUACCCCUAAGAAGGCUUGCAAAAAGAGGCAGUCGUCUGAGUCAGACAUUGAGAGUGUCAUUUAUACUAUUGAAGCAGUUGCAAAAGGGGACUGGGGAGCAGAGAGACUCCUGGAAGUGCCCCGAAAGAAAGUCCGCCCUUCCUCAACUAUGAAGGGGAGCAUAUUGGACACAAAGUCACCAAAGAAAAAAGUGAAGUCAAAAGAGAAAAGAGCGCUGAAGGAGAAAUGCUCAGAGACCACCAAAGAAUCAAAGCCUCCUGAUUUUUUUAACAUUAUAGACAACAAAGAGCUGCCAUGUGAGGUACCUGAAAUUAUCAAAUCAGAACCGCUGACCCCAACAGAGGAGGUGAUGCUGCAAAGCUUACCAGAACAGGUCAAAAAUGAAGACAGUGACUGUAACAAAAAGGCAGAGACCUGUGGCUCAAGAAAAUCUGAGCGAGCUUGCAAAGGUGCUCUGUAUAAAACUCUGGUGUCGGAGGGCAUGCUCACAUCCCUGCGUGCCAACGUUGACAGAGGGAAACGAAGCUCAGGAAAAGGUGGAAACUCUGAUCACGAAGGAUGCUGGAAUGAAGAACAUUGGGCAUUUUCUCCAGGUGGGACAAGUGGGAAUAAAAAGCUUAAGAAACCUAAGCCAAAGGAAGAAAUUGUUUUGGGCUUAGCAAAGCUAGAAGAAGAAUUUGAGAAAAAAUUCAACAGCCUCCCUCAGUACAGUCCUGUCACAUUUGACCGGAAAAGUGUAUCUGUACCAAGAAAAAAGAAGAAGGUUGGUAGCUGUUCAGCAGAUCAACUAAAAUCUAACAAAGGGUCUGCGGUAAUGCAAGAACCUUUGGUUGGCAGCCAGAAAAGAAAAGCAAGGAAAACCAAGAUCACGCAUCUGGUCCGGACUGCAGAUGGCCGAGUCUCACCAGCAGGAGGGGUUUUGGAAGAGAAACCAAAGGAGCAAUUGGAGAUUAGUCUCCAGAAAGCGUCAAGUACAGGGACAAACUUCAGUGAGGAAUCCUUGCAAAACACUGGAUCUGAGGAAGGUCAUAGUAUUACAACAGGCAUGCCAUCUGUAUCUGCAUUCUUUAGCCUAGCUGCUCUGGCAGAGGUGGCAGCAAUGGAAAAUGCGCACAGAAAUCCGAGGACGGCGCCUCUCCCAUGUGAUGGACAGCCAAAAGAAAUGUCUCAGGCUCCAGUGCUCAUUUCCUGCGCUGACCAGUGAAGCUCUACCCUAUUGUAAAACAUUGUGCUUUACCUAAUAUCCUAGCCUUGUCUUUACCAACGGAUGCUAGUCAGUCCAUGUGAUGGAUGAACCCAUAGACUGAAAAUGAGUGGUUUGUGUUCAGUGUGGCACAGAUUUCACUUGUAGCCUGGGCCAGGUCCCCUCCGGUUUGGGGCCCAAAGUCUAUUAGAGUGAUGUUAUUUCUCUGUUAAGGAACAGAAAUGAAAUGAUCCUGGAGCUUUGCUUUCUAUUGAAGGUUUUUAAAAUGGUAAAUGCAUAAUUACAUGGAGGAGGCAGACUUUUCUGUAGCUCACACAGCAUCUGUUCUAUCAACCAGAGUAUGGAAAGUAGUUUCAUAUAAUAACUAGCUACUCUAAACAAACAUACAAAAGAGGAGAAAAAGAAAAAAACUGACGCACUGCACUAGUUACUAGAUAUUCUUAGUCCUUUUUGUACAUGAAGAUUUAAGUUCUGAGAUGGUUUAUAUAAUAGGUUAUGCCUACAUUUAUAUUUUAGAAUGAAUUUGAGAACCUGUUUGGGAGAAUCCAAGAAAGCAUGGGCAGAUGUACCAUUGUUAGUAGUGUAUGCGCGGCCAUGUGGUCCAGACGUUCUGCACUUUUGUAUUUGCCACCAGGGUGGUAGAGUUUAUUGGCAAAAAAUUGUUGACAGGCUGUAUUUUGCUUGUUGUUGUUUUUUUAAAUUAAGUGUGGAAUAAUGAGGAUGAUUUGCAUUUGAAGCAAAGGUUUGGCAUAUUGAUAAGAACAUUUCUGCAGAUUACUGAUUUGUCUUUAAACAUGCCUUGGAGGAUUCAUUUAUUUUUGGAUAGAGGUCUAAAGUGACUGUGUGGAAACUAAAGCAGUGAAACAGGAAAAGAAAAUACUAUAAAUACAUUGUUCAGAAGUGACCUUAGUAUUACUUCACUCUUUCAAAAACGGGGGGAAAAAACCUUUUCAAUUAACAUGCACACUGGUGUACAUAUUUUAUAUUUUACAGACACUGGAAUUGUCAUAUUUACUAUGCACAGUCUAAAUUGGCUUCAUAAAUUGUAUGAAGUGCCAAUACUAGCUUGGGGUGGUAAAGUGCUGAGUGUUGUGCAAGUAAGUAGCGACUGAGAAAUAAUGUUACUGAAUUUAGGCUGUCAAACAGAUCACUUUCCAGUUCAUAUUCUUUAUCUUCAUUCUCUGUUGUAUCUUACUCUCUUGCACACAUCUUACACCAGUGCAAAGUCCAGCUGUUUUAUUUGUUCUUUCUGUUUCUUCAUCACUUCAUGUAGACCAGUUGCCUAUGAUCCAAUACAGCAUGCAUGGAGCAGCCAAAGCUUCAUGUGUGGAGCUCUUUUGAGAAAGCUAAAGUCCUAUGAAAGAAGAGCAGGGAAAUGUCAGUCCAGCCCCCAAACACAGACAGACACACACACUCCACGUCCAGGACAGCUGAUUGGUGGGAUUUUAGCUUUUUUUGAAAAGACUCCGCAGGGACAUCCUCAGCUGUUGGAUCAUGGAGGGGAACUGUGCGUGCUACACCCAUUUGCACAAAGAUCAUCCAACUAGAGAUACACAAGCGGAAGUCUGCUUCUGCUCCCAUAUAACCCUGGCUGGAUCGGGGCAAUGUUGUUCCUAGCAGCAAAAGAUUAAUUCUUCUUAGAAAUUGACACGAAACUACACGUUCAACACAGGGUACUUCUUCCACAGCACAAGAUGUUUCCCUACAUAUUUUGCAUCAUAGCACAAAAGACUUAACCAAAUGCUACUGACCAGACCCCAGCAAUAAUUUUCUAUGAGUCUUCUUCUCUCUGGUGGAAUUUUGUGAUAGUGUUAAGUUCAGCGAGACCCUUUUUUAUUGAUUAGGUCUCAAAAUGACGAGAGUUUACACACUUUUAUCAGGCUUUCUUAAUUUAUACUUGACAGAAUUGAUAAAGGAUGUGUUUUGGGAUUAUUAUUAUUUUAUUUUUUUUGUAAUUGGAUUUAAUAGCCAUAUGAAAAGUGACUCUUAAAACUUGCUUGGCUUAGCCUUUAAUUGUUAUAAUCAAUGCAUGUAUUUCAGUGUCUGUCUCAGAAACCACCUCAAACUGAUCACACACAUUGUAACAAGUGAUGAUCAAAAAGAAAGUGUCACUUCAGCCCAUGUAGAAAUCAGACUCCCUCAAAGAUGCAAAUGUUGAGAAAGUGGAAGGAUAUACCCAACUUCAACAGGAAUAAGAAAGUUAAGAGCUUUUUAGAAAAUUAAGAUAGAAGAAUCUUCAGCAUGAGGCGCUAUUUUUAAUAGUUGGAUUUUGUUAACAUUUUCUAAAUUAUUUUAACAAAACAAAAAAUGCUGCCAUCAUGCCAAACUGCUGGGUAUAUAUUGUGGCUUUGGGAGUGUAAGGCCAUGUACUAGCUGGUUCAAACAUUGUAAGUAGCUGAAAUCCAAAUAUCUUAUGGUGCAGCCUCUUCGCCGUGACAGUAGUACUAACAUACAAACGCUAUCAAACUCCAUCAGAAUAGAUACAUUUUAGCUGGAGUACCACCAUCUUUUUGCCAUUUAAAUUUCAAUAUUCUUCCUUAAAUAUUUCUUUAUAUGAAUGGUACCUUUAUAAAAGAAGCAUACAAUUAGCCUUUUUCUAUGUGAAUUAAUACCUUGAUUCCCUUUCUUUCCUAAACCUCAAUGACUAUCCCUUAGACAGGGGACUGGAUUGGGUCAAUUUACUAAAUAUGAGUGUUUUCUGAUGCUUAUAAACCUUUCUGUAGAUAUGCUUAAUUUUUAAGCGAUUAGGCACUGAGAGUAGCAGAAAUCCUGCAAAGCUUUAUAGUUCAUUAGAGACACAAUCCACUUGGAGCUUCUCCUGUACAAGCCCUGUUGGAAUGAGCACUACUGUGUACUUGUGUGGCUUCCAUUUGUAACAGUAAAAGGUUUGGGCAAGAGAAUUUUCAGGUGGAGUGUGCUCUGUGGCUUCUUUUUUUCUUGGUUCUCUGAAUGAUGUCUUGAUUUCAAUAGAGAUAUUUGCUGUAGCCUCAAAUUUGUUAGAAUGGGUAUCCCCAAUUUCAGGUAGAAAUAAACAUUGUUAGCACAAAAAAAUUCAAACCAACAAUGUACUCUUUGUGUUUUUAAUUUCCAUUAUUUUGUUUGUUUUUUAAAUUAAAUUGUUGUGGCAUGUAUUGUAUACCAGUGAUGUCACCCAUCAGCGUAUGAAUUCAUCUAGAGACAGAAAUGUUGCACCUUAAUUAUUUCAAAUGAACCAAAAUAUUAUGUUCUCUUGUUUUGAUGUUUAUUCCAAUUACUGUUGUAUUAUAGUUUAUCAAACCCAUUCUAACUUAGCAAAAGCUAUCAGUAUUUAUGCAUUUAACCAUAUUCUCUAGAUUUGAACCUGUGUAUGUUUUUUUUUUACAAAAAUUUAAACAAGAUAAACAAAUUAUUCUUACCCUUCUCUAUGGUUUCUUAAUGAAAGUGAGGGUGUAUUUCUUGAGUGUAAAAUUUAGCACUGUCCCAUUUUCUUUGUUUUUGUCUAUUUAUUUAGUGACUUUUGAUAUUUCAUAUAGUUUUGAGGUAUACGCGUAGUAGCUGAAGCUACAAGCAUAGAAUCAGCUGGGAGAAGGAUACUGUAAUGUCAUUUUCAUGUAAUUGUGUUAGUACUGUAUUACAGAGUGGGGGAGGGAAUUCUGCAAAGUAUUGAAAUUGUACGUUUGAUUUUGAUUCUCCUAUUAGGGUGUUUUCCAGAUACAAGACCAAAACUGAUGUAAAAUCUCGUGGAGCUUAUAUCAUGCUGUUGUACUUAUGACAGUAUUUUUCCCUGGAUUGUUCUGUGAUUUCAGAAAUAGGAUAUAUUUAUUUAAGAAGAUAUAGUGUGCUUUUUUCUUUUCGUUUUUUACUAAUACAAUAUCCCAAAGUUAUGAGCAAAGGACUUCUUCUUUUUGUCUCACUUUCCACUAUGGUUCAGCCCAUUACUUUCGGAACUCAUUUUUAAAGUGUUGUGGAUAUGGGAUGGGCAGCAGGUGCUCUCUAAGUUCUAUCUUCUUGUUUGGCAGUGAAAUUUGCUACUUUUCCUAAUAGCAUGUAGCAUAAAUGUAGCUGCUAGUCACUUGAUAGUUUCUGGCUCUGUAUUCACUUGUAAACCCACAAGAAUUGUACAUUGUGCCACAACAAGGGGAACAUACAGGGGUAGAUAAUAUCUGUCUUUAAAAAAAAAAAAAAAAAGGUAUGUUCCUAAGGGUGGAUUCAACCAACCUUUUAAAAAGCCAGCAAAUGUAUGGCCAUCUUACCUUUACCCAGAAAUCUGCAAGAGAAAUGGUUCUCAAGUGCUCUUUACCACCCACAGCAAGAGGAGCAAAGGGAGAACAUGCACUGAACUCGGGGAGAGAGACAGAGAGAGAGAGUCUACAAAUGCAGCAAUAAUUGUAUUUUUGUUGCUACAUUUGCAGGCAUCUGGAUCAGAGCCAGAACAGCACACAUAACCCAGGCUACUAUGAGUAGAAGCAGUCCACAUGCAUGUGGGUAAAUAGGGGCAUUGUCACCCAUUGGAAAGAGGGGAGAGACUGGUUUGUUUGAAUCCACCUUUAGUAUGAAGCAUUACUCUGAAACAAUUGCUCAAGGGUGCUCUGUGUUUAGCAACUGUAUGGGAAGUUUAUGCGCUGAGGGAAAUGGCUAGGGAACUGGGUCAGUGGGCGGGAAAGGGCAUUAUUCUUGUGUGAUGUCAGUAUGGCAAAGGGGAGUAUACUUUUUUCCUUAUUCUCUGAAUGAAAAGAUGUGGUUGAUACUAUGAUUGUUGGGUUUGCCUUGUACUAUUGUGUAUUUAUGCCUCUCAUCUGCACUCUGUUCUACAACUAAUUCUAAUAAUGCUACCUCUAUUAAAGGCUACUGCAGUUGACUUCCA